AUGGCGAUCAUGAGCAGAUUCCAUCGGAUAGUUGGCAACAAAUCGGCAGAGACAGAAGCUACCUCAGUUGAUGAUCCGAUUGCCCUGCAGGUGAGAGCCGACGACAAGGAAGCCGCACAUGCAGCUAUCGAUGAUGCGACUGGCAAGGAGGAAGCCAGGCCUGACGAAGAUGCCCAAGCUGGUGUUCAGAAGAUUGAGGCUGUCACUCUGGCCUGGGGGAAAGGAUCGAUGCUCAUGGUUCUGAUAUUUAUCUGGCUUCUCACACUGGUGAACAAUCUCAAGACUUCGGUGGUCUACAGUCUAAGCGCCUAUGCGACAAGCUCUUUCGCGGGUCAUUCGCUUUUGACCGUUAUUGGUAUAGUGGCAUCUUCAAUGACAGGCGCAGUAUAUAUUCCCAUGGCAAAGGCGCUGGACCUCUGGGGUCGCGCAGAAGGUAUUCUUCUAAUGACUGGGUUUUGUAUCCUGGGAAUAGUUAUGUUGGCUGCGUCCCAUAACCUAGCUACCUACUGCGCUGGACAGGUAUUCUACUCGAUCGGAUUCGGAGGUCUCGCCUACAGUUGGAAUGUUCUAGCAACCGAUGUGACAAACUUGAGAAACCGAGGGUUGGCAUUUGCUUUUACCUCUUCUCCGGCAAUAAUCUCAGCGUUUGCUGGAUCUAAGGCCGCUGAAGGAUUUCUCGCCAACGUCAAUUGGCGAUGGGGCUACGGGGUCUGGGCAAUUAUCCUACCCGCUUUUGCUUUGCCAAUAUAUUUCAUGCUGGCCUAUAAUUUACGCAGAGCUGAGAGGGAAGGGAUUCUCAACAGGGAAAGAAAGGCAUGGAGUUUCAAUUUCGAAAAUAUUUGGUGGUUCAUCAAAGAGUUUGAUUUAAUGGGUGUUUUCCUCUUCGCUGGCGGAAUGGUAGUAUUCCUACUUCCGUUCACUCUGGCCAGUAUGGCGCCCCAUGGUUGGCAAACCGGCUAUAUCAUCGCCAUGAUUGUGAUUGGGCUAGCUCUACUCAUCUCAUUCGGUUUCUAUGAGACUUAUCUGGCCCCAGUGCCAUUCCUGAACUAUAAGUUCCUCACGGAUAGGACCGUUUUAGGCGCAUGUCUCCUUGAUAUGACAUACCAGAUAUCUUACUAUUGUUAUGCCGUCUAUCUCCCGUCGUUUUUGCAAGUGGUAUACAAUUUGGAUGUUGCCACAGCUGGAUACGUUGGAAACACCUUUAGUGUCGUUGCAUUUGUCUUCUUGUUCUUCGCUGGCUGGCUCAUCCGAGUGACAGGUCGCUUCAAGUGGAUUCUCUGGGUCUGUGUACCACUCUACAUUUUUGGACUCGGCCUGAUGAUUCACUUUCGUCAACCCGGUGGAUACAUUGGAUACAUUGUCAUGUGUGAGAUCUUUUUCUCCGCCGCCGGCAGCAUUUUCAUCCUGUGUGUGCAGCUUGCUGUGCUUGCUUCAGUUGAUCACCAACACGUUGCCGCCGUGCUUGCUUUACUUUUCGUGAUGGGAAGUAUUGGCGGAUCUAUUGGCAGUGCUAUCUGUGGAGCUAUUUGGACAAACACGUUCUUGAAAAAGCUUGCAGUAACCCUACCAGAAUCGGCCAUGCCCAAUUUGUCUCUUAUUUACUCGAGCCUCCCCCAGCAGCUCAGUUAUCCGGUUGGAAGCCCCGAGCGAGAUGCCAUUGUGGAAGCCUAUGGCUAUGCUCAGCCUAGGAUGCUUGCAGCCGGCACUGCAUUCAUGGUUUUGGGCUUCAUCUGGGUUGGCAUGAUGAAAAAUCUGAAUGUCAAGAAUAUGACGCAGACAAAGGGUAACGUGUUUUAG